UGCCGGGAAGGCUUCGAGCUGAAGGACCUGCGGCCCGACCCGGAGCUGGCCGCUUUGGUCAAUUUAACCCAGCAGGAGGUAACGGAAGGAGAGUUGGAAACGCAGGAUGAACCGAAACGCUCCGGACUUGUUUGCAACGACGGGAGCUCGGCGGGGCGGCGACCUGGGGAGAAGGAGGAAGAGAUAUGGGACAUCUCCAAGCAACUAGAAAUGACUGCAGAGACCAUCCACCUCUUGAGGAAAGAUCUCACUACAACAAAGGAAUAUACCUCUCAGAUCAAAAGCCAGAUUACUAAAGAUUUCUGUUGCAUGAAGGAAUAUGUUGAAAGACAGGAGAGAAACACACUGAUGUUCAUUGAACAAAAGCAAAACGCAGCUCAACAGAAAAUUGAAGAGACUAUUCACCAGCUCUGUUUUGAAGUGAACAAGCUCACAGACAUCAAAGCCCAAAUGAGUAACUUACCUGAGGGACAUAGGUACAAAGACUCACCUUCAACAAUGAAUAAAAUUGCACUUGUUGAGAAGCUUAAUGUUGUUAAAAGUGCUGUAGAAGAUCUUAAGAGAAAGUUGGAAAUUUUACUUUUGGAGAAAUAUGCUCGGCAGUUCCCACCAGGGCAACCUCCAGACUUACAUCAGGAAUGUGUCUGCUCAUUAUCUCCAGAGUCUGCAGCUAAAAAUCCAGAACCAAUUAUUUCAAGCCAGUUUUCUCAGUGGGCAGAUGAUGUGACUUUUGAUCUCACAAGAGUAUAUGAGUGCUUCGCAAUCACAGCCCAGAACAGGAAAGUAAUGGUUUUCAGCUGCCCAACUGAUUAUGAACCAUUGUCCAACAGAUGCUGCAUCAGCCAAGCGAUGUGUUCACAGAGCUUCUCUACUGGGUGCCACUGCUGGUAAGUAAUUACCAAGGACAGUGAUGGAUGGGCUGUUGGAGUUGCUCAUGAAAUGAUUGGUAAAAGGGAUAAAUUAGGAAGAACAGAGCAUUCCUGGUGUGUAGAAUGGCUAGGUCCCAAAAAGCAUCUGUCAGCAUGGCAUAGGGAUCAAGAAACACUAUUACACAAGGAUAAACCAUUGAAGGUUGGAGUUUUCCUGGAGCUACAAAAGAAGACAGUGUCAUUUUACUCCAUCACUGACAAAGAAAUGCUUUUGCAUACUUUUGAAAUCAGUACGUCAAAUCCUCUUUACCCUGCUUUCUGGCUAUACAGUCUAGAAAGAAAUGGAUAUAUAACUGUAAGUCACACAAACAGGAGAUGA